AUGGCGCACCGAAUGUCCACGCCCGACAUUACUAUCCAGCGCAAUCGCCUGCCCAAUCUGUACGAAGUCCUAAGUCGUCAGACAAAACCACCCGUCGAUCUGUUCAGUUUCUACAUUUACAUGCGCGAUGCUCAACGCAGCGUCGACUACCUCGAUUUCUGGUACACAACAACUUCCUUGGCCGCCUUAAAAUCAUACCAGAACUAA